AGAUUAAAAACCAAAAAAAAAACUUAAAAGCGAACCAAUAUCCAGAUUAAACAGAUUUAAUGUCUUUUUAUUAAAAAUAAUGAAACUAAUAAUCACAUCCCGCGCAAGGCGCGGGUUAUUACCUAGUAUAUAUAUAUACUUCGUACAUUCAGUGUAUCUAUAAAUGUACUUUAUUGACUAUAUGUUUUUUUUUUGUCAAAGUUGAGAGAGAUAGCUUAUUGUCAUCAAAUGAAUGAAUUUAAUCUAGCAUAGGAUGAAGGUGACAAAAGGCGAUUGACAUCUUCAAAUCGAAGAUUUAUUAAGAUUCAAUGUAAUUCUAAACAAAAUGUAGUUUGAUUCGGGAAAAAGAAAGCUGCGCCUGCUCAAGUCGUUUAAAUUGCUACCUUUUGAAGAAAUAUCCAUUUUAGUUUUAAACUGCUAAAUAGUAGGCAACUUUCGUGUAAAAUAAUCAUAUUAGCUAUGAACAAUUCCGCAUAAGUGUUGUCAAUAGUCUAUUAGAAACUUCCGAGAUUCUACCGUUUUUCUUGUUAAAAAAAUGUAAAAGGAGAUUUGAAUCCCACUAUCAUACCACUGUAAUAACAAAUUUUUAUCAUCUUUUAAGACUUUAAAGGGGAAAACACGAAAAACAAAGAGCAACGAUGACACGCUAUUAUUAUAACAAGGUAAAGACGGGCCUAGUUUGUAACUUAAGUAAUCCAUGCAGACGCGCUGUGUCUUUGUCACCCUAUUUGAUAUGAGCUUUAAACGCAACACCCUUUAUCCUUUUAUCCGAAUAUAAUUACAAUAUACUCUAAUACAAACUAUAAAAUAAAUAAAACCGUGUGUGUAUAUAUACAUAUACCUUACUACACCUACUCAUUGCCAUCAAGUAUUUAAUUCCCUUUUCAACUUCAAUUUACGUACCCAAUAAGGAGUUUCUUUCAUUUCCUCACAUCAAACAUUAACACAAAAAGCAAGAUGGAGAAGUUCCAAUAUACGAUUAUGUACGCUUAUUUACUUAUGUCAACAACAAUCUUCUUGUCUUUGCCAAUACAAUCUCACGCGACAAUACUCUUCAAUGUGCUGAGCUUCGGAGCUAAACCUAACGGUAUUGUUGACUCAGCUACAGCUUUUGCCAAGGCAUGGGAUGCAGCGUGUAGCUCGACGGAUGCUGCGGUUAUAUACGUACCCAAAGGACGAUAUCUUGUUAGCCCGGUUCGUUUCAGCGGUGAAAGUUGCAAGAGCCUUGAUAUUGUUUUCAGGAUCGAUGGGACUCUUGUUGGUUCGGGGGACUAUAACUUUCUUGGGCGAGAAGAAACAUGGUUCAGCUUUGAAAGAGUCACUGGAGUUUCUGUUAUCGGUGGUUCUUUCGACGCUAAGGGACCUUCGUUGUGGGCUUGCAAGGCCUCCUCCAACAACAGCUGUCCUGCUGGUGCUACGACAAUAAGUUUUGUGGAGUCAAGUAGAGUCAAGGUGAAGGGAUUAUUGUCAUUGAACAGCCAAAUGUUCCACAUCGUCAUUAAUCGAUGCCGUAAUGUUAAGAUCAACGAUAUUCGGAUCGUGGCGGAUGGAAAAAGCCCGAACACAGAUGGCAUUCAUGUCCAACUAUCAACUGAUGUUGAAAUUCGUAACGCUUCCAUCAAAACUGGUGACGACUGUAUCUCCAUUGGCCCCGGAACCAAGAACUUGUGGGUCGAACGAGUCACAUGUGGCCCUGGUCAUGGAAUCAGCAUUGGGAGCUUGGGAAAAGAUAGAGAAGAGGAAGGGGUACAAAAUGUGACGGUGAAGAAAACAGUUUUUGUAGGAACAGACAAUGGAUUAAGAAUUAAGUCAUGGGCUAACCCAUCAUCCGGUUUUGUUCAGAGGGUUCGAUUCUUAGAGUCUCAUAUGUUCAAUGUCAAGUUUCCUCUCAUCAUUGACCAACACUAUUGCCCUCAUAACAUAAACUGUCCUUCUCAGGAAUCAGGAGUGAGGAUAAAGGAUGUGAUAUAUCAAGGCAUAAGAGGAACAUCGGCUACAAAAAUUGCGGUAAAAUUGGAUUGCAGUGCUAAAGCUCCAUGCACACGUAUUAGAAUGAAGGACAUUAAUCUGAGAUAUGCUAAUGAAGCUGCACAAUCUUCAUGUGUCAAUGUCCUUGGAGAUGCACUUGGUUCGGUCAAACAUCAAACCUGCUUCUGAUUAUCAUUCUAUGAAGAUCAUAAAA